UCGCCCUUUGAACCGCGGCACCAACGUGCCAAUAGAAGUUGAAUAAAACGCUUCGCGCGUAAUUUGGUUCUUCCCCUUAGUUGAUCAAUACGCGGGAAAUAUAAUCAGCAGCUACAGACAAGAGGAGACCCCCAGUUCACGAUCUGACCAACUUCUAAGUGUUUCUUUCAGAUCGUCUCUGUACUGGAUGAUGGGAGUGCUUUUCCGUUCUGUUGUUGACAGAGAAGUGGGUCGACGGAGGCAAAAUGCUCUCCAUGCAGACUCCUGCUCCAGAAUCCCCCUCAGCUUCCUGCUGGGAGGCUACCAGUGUACCCGACAAGAUGAGCACAUCUCUUAUGGGAACAUGGGCGACUCCAUGCCACCGUUUGGAUUGACCUUCUCCUCCAGUGCUGAGCUGCAAAAUAUUCUUGCAGCAGCGAAUGAAGAAGGGAUUGUUCGGAUCUACAACACAGAGAGCCAGGAAAACCCUCUUCUUAAAGAAUGGCUAGCUCAUGAGAAUGCCGUCUUUGACAUUGCAUGGGUGCCAGGAGAGCCUCAGCUGGUGACUGCUGCUGGUGACCAGAUGGCCAGGCUGUGGGAUGUGAAGUCUGGGGAGCUUUUAGGGAGUUUCAAAGGUCACCUCUGCAGCCUCAAGUCUGUUGCAUUUGCUCCGGGGGAAAAAGCUGUUUUCUGCACUGGAGGAAGAGAUGGAAAUAUUAUGGUCUGGGACAUAAGGUGCAGCCAAAAAGAUGGCUUUUACAAGCAGGUCAAACAGAUCAGCGGCGCUCACAACAAAGCAGAGUUGCAUCCUCCUCCUAAGUGGAAGAAGAGACGGAGCAGCAUACGUGGGAUGGCUCCGAGUGUGGAUACUCAGCAGAGUGUGACUGUGGUUUUGUUUCGGGAUCAACACACACUCAUCUCUUCAGGAGCUGUUGAUGGAGUAAUAAAAAUGUGGGAUCUGAGGAAGAGCUACAGCCCAUGUCGCCACGAUCCCGUUCCUCUGCAGACUUAUCCAUACUCUGGCACCUGCACACGCAUGCGUCUGGGUUAUUCCGGACUCGUUCUGGACUCCUCGAGAUCCAACGUCAUGUGCAAUUGCACAGAUGACAACAUCUACAUGUUUAACGUGUGUGGGAUUAAAACAUCACCAGUGGCAGUUUUCAGUGGACACCAGAACUCCUCGUUUUAUGUGAAGUCCACCAUCAGCCCCAACGACCAGUUCCUGGCCAGUGGCUCGAGUGACAACAACGUUCACAUCUGGAAGAUUUCUGAUCCUCAACGUCCUCCCAUGACGCUUCAGGGUCACAGCGAGGAAGUGACAUCUGUCGCUUGGUGUCCAACGGAUUUUGCCAAAAUUGCUUCCUGCUCCGAUGAUCACACUGUCCGGAUAUGGAGACUUCACAGGGAAACUGAUGAUCCACAGUCAUCGGUGGGGGAGGCCAACCUUGUAGGCUGGGCACGACCUAAACUUCCCACCAGUCUUUCACUCAGACCUGAAACGACGCCUUUGAAAGACUGGGAAGUGAGGAGUCUUUCUGGUCUCCCCUCACCUCUGCUUGCUGCCUGUGCCCCCAGUGGAGCCGAUCUGCCUCUCCCCUCCAACACCACAUCACCCAUCCGUUCUAAGCCGCCUGCUGCUCAUCACAGAGCGUCCUCCAUUGAAAAGUGGCUUUCUCCAACCCACGAGUCUCCAGGUCAGGUCCCUUUUCUUCCUUCAAGCCCAGAGAGUAGCACCUCUUCAGAUCAGCCCCGAACCAAACGGAAGCUGGAAACCGAUGAACAGUCAUCUCAGCACUGUGAGGACGCCAACCAGCGUGACUGUGAAACUGGACUCUACCCCACGGCCAAGAGAAGCCGCGUCCAGUCUGAAGUCUGUCGCCCAGUUCAGGAGAACUCAGGACAAACAGACUGUCGCACAGAUAAAGGCAAACAAGAUUCCUUCAGACAGGCUGGAAAGGAGAACCGCUUUCCCAGAGCGACUAACUGGCUGUCAGAAAUGAGCCAAAAGAUGAAGAAUAGUCCUGAAAGUCCUGCUGCUCUCAGGAAGCCCAGUUACUUUAAAAGACCAGAUGGAAAAGCACAGACUUCACCAAUUCGAGUUGACUCGAGUUGGUUAAAGACCAUGAAGAAAAUCUCUGUGUAUUUUGAAAAAAGGAGUCUGAAUGAGAGCUGAACGAGGGAAGGAUUUAGCUUAGGGGAUAUUUCAAACCAAGUUUGCACAGCCUAAGAAGCAUGUUUGAUUUUGUUUAGAUAUUUAGAAAUUAGCGUUUUAAAAAUAUUUUUAUGAUUGUUGUUUUAACUGAACUUAGGUUGUGAUGUUGCCUGUUACCCAAUUUUCUGGUUCUUCACAGAAAUUCUGUUUCUAUGUUCAUAUGUAAAUCUACCAAUUUACUUCAAUUUAAAAACAUCAAUAGAUGCUUUAGGUUUUGAUAAAAGGUCAGAUUUUUUGUAACAUUUAACUGUGGGUGAGGGUUAUCUUUUUGUUUCAUUUAUAUAAUAUAGCCCAUGUGCUGACUUGCAUUUAAAAACAAAUUAAUCAAAAAUCAGCUCUAUAGUUAAAAAAAUGUCUUAAUUUUUGUUAUAUUUUUCAUACAUGGAUUUCUUGUUUGUAUUUCAUUCAUUUUAUGCAGACAUUUUUAUUUAAAUUUUUUUUGCUCUUGAGGACAUGUGCCUGUUUAGCUGUUUACAUGUACAAAUAAGAAAAAAAUGUAUUUGUAUUUUAUCAUCACACGUUUGUUGGAUUCAAAUGUUCAUAUAUUAAACUUGUUUCAAAUG